AUGGCGGCUGUCGACGCGGCACCCGCCAUGGCCGCCCUCGACUCGCUGCUUUGCGGGUCCAGCUUCUCCAGCGCCGAUGCGACGGACGUGUCCUCGAAUUCCGUGUCCGUCAGCUCAACGCCCCCAACCACCGUUUCCCCUGACAGCAUGUCGCUGGCCUCCGACUCGGAUUUGUCGAAACGCGAGACUGUCACCGCGUCCAGCAUCGAGGCCGUGGUGACGGUAACAGAGACCACCGAGAUCGAGAUCGAAUCGCCACAACAAGAAUCCGGCCGACAAAGUCCGGUAGCAGGCGACGCCAUUGUCGUCGCAGAACCCCCGUCGUCCACUGAGCCUUCGCCAGUCAGCCGCCCGCGCCGCGCACGAUCUAGUUUGCCGGUAUAUAACCUUUCCAAAUUGGCGGGCACCGACGUACAUAGCAAGCGGAAGUCAAAGGGAGACACCGCGCAAGCGAAGCGACGCAGCACUGGUUCGGACGACACAGCGGCUAAUCGCGACAAUUCUAUCGUGGGCGACUCGAUCGACGCGUUGGCCAAGGGCGAUGCUCGCUCCACGACAAAGGCGGACGCGUCUCGCAGGGAGCGAUCAACCACCGCCCCCAAUACGCCGAGGAGCGCGCGAAUCGCCAAAAAGGCCGCCGUCAGUCCAGCACCGGCCCAUUUGACGCGUCGGGCAACGCGUCUUUCCGGCGCUGCUACCGAAGAUCUUGCAACCAAAUUGUCGGCGCUCAGCAAGCGGGGCAAGAAGGCGGUGGAAAAGGAAAUUAGUGGCUUGUCUCGCGAGCUCUUGCGACUUAGGGACACAAAUGAGUUCGCCCAUAUCGACACGCGUCCGGUCCGGUACACGGUCUGGAGCAAUGGCAAAUACAUCGAUAUCGACCCUUCUCAGGAGACCCCCGCAUCAGAGCCGCCGCGGAAGAAGGCCAAGGUUGAAGCAAAAAAAGCCGCGGAGGAGGAGAAAUCGGUGGAAGAGAAGCAAGAGAGCGCCCCGCAACCGCCGAAGAAGCGCACAAAGAAGUGGCUAGAAAAGGGUCUCUACGCCGGUCAAGAUGCGCCCACCGAUGUUUUGAAGGGAUUCACCCCGCAGGAGAAGAAGAAGAUCGCUUCAAACCCGGAACUCAUGCCGAGCGGCAAGCCCAACAAGGCCCUGCCCCUUCCCAUGUACAACGGCUUGCGCAUUCUUCUCAACGAGCGCGAUUUCAAGCUUCCCUUCGAUGUCUGCAACCCCCUCCCCCCUGGACAACCAAAGCCCACUGCAUACCGCACCAUGACCAAGAACCGCUUCGUAGGGGAUGCCGCUUCAUACUGGAAGAAAACCCCCCACUUUGGGGAUUCGUCCACAUGCGUUUGCCGUGCUGAAGACGGCUGCGACGAGGACUGCCAGAAUCGCAUCAUGCUGUAUGAGUGCGACGACACCAAUUGCAACGUCGGCAAAGACCUCUGCAAAAACCGCGCCUUCCAGGACCUCCAGGAGCGCACGAAGAAGGGAGGUCGGUAUCGCGUGGGAGUCGAGGUCUACAAGACGUCCGACCGCGGGUAUGGCGUCCGUAGCAACCGCUGCUUUGAGGCGAAUCAAAUCAUCAUGGAGUACACGGGUGAGAUCAUCACCGAGGCCGAGUGCGAACGCCGUAUGAAUGAGGUCUACAAGGACAAUGAGUGCUACUAUCUUAUGUCCUUUGACCAAAACAUGAUAAUCGACGCGACCACGGGCAGCAUCGCUCGCUUCGUCAACCACUCGUGUUCGCCCAACUGCCGCAUGAUCAAGUGGAUUGUUUCCGGCCAACCUCGCAUGGCCCUCUUCGCCGGUGAUCGCCCGAUCAUGACUGGCGAAGAACUCACCUACGACUACAACUUUGACCCCUUCUCAGCUAAGAACGUGCAGAAGUGUCUAUGUGGUAGUCCCAACUGCCGGGGCGUGUUGGGUCCCAAGCCCAAGGAAGUGAAGGUGCCGAAGCCGGCCAAGGAGGAAAAAAAGAAGAAAGUCGUCAAGAAGACUUCGAAGAAGAUCUCGGCCAAAAUAUCGGCUAAGGGCCUGACACCGGCUAAAGCAGCGCCCAAGCGUAAACUCCAAGAUGCUUUCGAGUUUGACGGCGACGAUGACGAGGACACUCCUGCAACCAAGAAGCAAAAGGCGGCAAAUGGCCUCAAGAAAACCCUCUCCUCCGCGACCAUUAAGGUGGCCAAGGGCGCGAAGGAUGUCGCAAAGGGCGCGUCUAAGGGCGUCACGUCAAUUAAGAAAAGCGUUGCCAGCAGCAUCUCGGUGGCCGCACAGAAGAAGACCACCGGCUCUUCAUCUUCAUCAUCCAAGGCCAAGACCAAAGCGACAACGACCACCAAAACGAAGACGACCAAAACCACCAAGGCCACUGCCACCAUCAAGCGUGCCAUGAAAAGCGGCGUCACCCCGAAAACCAUCGCCAAGAAGCCGGCCAAGUCCAUCGCCGCGGCCAAGACGAAAGCGAUUGCGGUUUCUCGCAGCCCGAGCCUGACCAUCGUCGCGGCGGGCGUCACUCCCGAGUCCAGCUCUGCGUCUACCCCCAGUGCAAAAGAGAAGAAGUCUGCUUCCGUUUCAACACCCGCGUCUGCUACUGCUAAGCGCGACCUGCCGAAGCUCACCAUCUCGGGCGGCAAGACCUCGUCUCGCAAGGUGACGCCCUCGCGCAAGGCGUUAGAGGCCGGGUUGGCGACGGGGAGCCCGAUGUUGGCAAGGGCUGCUGCCGCGGCUCUGACAGCUUCGGGAUCUCCUGCGAAGGCGAGUCCCAAGAUCAAGCUUGUUGGCCGCGCCUAG